AUGAGUAAAUUCUACUUUGGUGGAGGAUCGGGUGAUGUUUCCUCAGACGAUGAAGACAAUCUUCCAUAUCCCGAAGCCCUUCCCCGAUCUGAUUUCUUGGCUCCAUCUUUUGAUGCACCAACUUAUCUAUCUACAUUAUCAGAUCGUCACCAGACCCUCGAGGAUUUACGUUCCGACCUUCGUGAGCGUUCACAGGGUCUUUCCAAAGAAUUAUUGGAUCUGGUAAAUACCAAUUAUGAACAAUUUCUAAGCUUGGGCUCGGACCUUAAGGGUGGAGAAGAGAAGGUUGAAGAUGUUAGAGUGGGCCUAUUAGGUUUUAAAAGAGGUGUUGAGGAUGUAAGAGGGAAGGUUAGAGAAAGGAAAUUGGAAGUUGAGGGUCUUCUUGAUGAGAAGAAAAGUGUUACUAAGGAAAUAGCUCUGGGAAGAAAAUUACUCGAGGUCGAUUCACGACUUGAAGAGUUGGAGGAUAGGUUAAUGGUUGCAUCCCUUGGUCGGUCACCAAAUGGACUUGAAGAUUCCUGGAGUGAAGACGAAGACGAGGAUGAAGAUGAUCUUGCUAUUGAUGGUGUUGUCAAUGGAACGAGUACGAAGAAGCUUCAAAGAUUUGUGCUAGACUAUCGUAACGUUGAGCAUCUGUCGAUCACGAUCGGAUUGGAUCAUCCGUUCAUCGCGGCUCAGCAACCUCGAUUACUACGGCUGAAGAACACCAUUGUUCUGGAUUUAAAUAAUGCUUUGAAGCAAGCACUGUCAUUGAAAGUAGAAGGUAGACCGCGGCUGGUCAAGAUCAUGGGCAUAUACCGUGAUUUGGGAGUUGGCGACGAAGCAGUAAAGAUAUUAAGAGAUUCCAAAUCGACAUAG